GCGUCGACGAGUUUCCGGGAGGGUAAUUCAAACUUCAGCGACAUAGUUAACUGCGCAAUCACCGAGUCUCUUACCGGCAAACCGUGAGACCCAACAUGGCUGCCUUUGUGCUGUUGGCGUUGGCGGUCGUUAGUGCGCCAGCUCUCUCGCUCCUCACGGAAACGAAGACUCAGGAGCAACUCUUGCUCAGUUCUUUGGGGCUCUCCGAGCGGCCAGCUCCCCCAAGGGCCGACCGACCCCGGCGACCUAUACCCUCGGCACUCUGGAGGAUGUACCGGGUGUCGGAGAACCUCAAGGCCCGGGAGAGCGACCACUGCACGGUGUCAGAGUACGGAGUCCGCGGUAACAUCAUCCGAUACGUUCAGGACCAAGGCAGGCUGGUGUCGGGCUGGGGCAGUAGCUGUCAUGAUUGUCUGGAGAAGCAGCUUUUCUUCAACAUGUCUGUCCUGCAACCUGUGGAGCUGCUGUCUCUGGCUCAGUUGGAAAUCAGAUUCCAUUGGAAGUCCCUCAGGCAUGCGGAGCUCCUGCAGGCCCAUCGAGUCAUCAGCGUAUCUCUGUAUAAAGUAAUCCGAGCCACGCUGAGGGGAGCCGACCCUCAGGCCAACCGUCGACUCCUGCUGGUGCAGUCGGUUCAGCUGCAACCUGAGCCCUCCACUAUCUCCAUGGAUCUCACAUCUCUUGCAGAGAGCUGGCGCAAACCCGGACGCAACUAUGGUUUGAUUUUGGAGCUUAUUCCUCAUGGGUCAAAACCAGAGGAGGAGCUUGUUCCUUUUUAUCCUGGUAACGUCCUUCCUUUGGAACCAACUCUCAUUCUUCCAGUGAUUGAGGCCUCACUGGUGGCGGUGUCCCUGAACCCCCACCAGUGUCGCUUCAGGCAGAGGAGAAAUGCCAUCCACCUCCCUGUGACCCCAAGCAACGUGUGCAAAGCGCGUCGCCUCUACAUCGACUUCAAGGAUGUGGGCUGGCAGGACUGGAUCAUCGCUCCUCAGGGCUACCUGGCCAACUACUGCCAUGGCGAGUGCCCGUUCCCACUCAGCGAGAGUCUCAAUGGCACCAAUCAUGCCAUCCUACAAACCCUGGUGCACUCCCUAAACCCACAGGACACACCUCAGCCCUGCUGUGUUCCCAUCCACCUGUCCCCCAUUUCCAUGCUUUACUAUGACAACAAUGACAAUGUGGUUCUUCGACAUUACCAGGACAUGGUGGUGGAUGAGUGUGGUUGCCGAUGACUGGCUCAACUAACAGCUUUGCAAGUUUAUUGUCAGAUUUUGAUACUCAGAUACUCUUUAUAUGAACUUUUAAAAUGUUUUUAUAUAUCAUAAAGUUUGACGGAAUGUAUUUUGGAUUCUAGAUUAUUGCAUGUAGUUUACUUUGUUUUUUUGGUUAACAUCAACAGUAUUUAUACAGUUUUCAUAUGAUUCGCAUCACUUAACAAAAAAAUUUAAUAAAAACACAAUUUCAUGUUGCAUAAAGACCACCGUAAGCUCUUUACCUACCGUCCAGUCAUUUUCUUUGGUCAAUUUUAGAAGGGUGAUUAAAUCAAAUGUGAUUAGUAUUUUAGGCCCACUAAGAGACAUUAGCCAAGAUUCUUCUUUCCUUUAAAAAAAAAAAAAAAAAAAAAAAAAGUUUUCUACCUCUUUUGUUACUGAUAUACUGGUAUCUAAUUAAUAAGAAUAAAAGUGACUUUGUGAAAGAUUUCUCUUCCUCAGCAUCUGUUUUUACAGAAAACAUGGAAACGCAUUCAAUACAUGUUCAAUAAAUGUUUUGUAUCAAAUGUUCUUGUGAAACGUGUUUAAAAUUUUUGGUAUAGAGCUGUAGGUAAGCAGUUAAGUGUAUGUAGACGGCAUAUAGACUUUUCAUUGUUCUUUAUUGAAAAAUCUGACAUUUCAUGCAUUCCAUAUUUGGAAAAUUAAAGGUCCUUAGUUUAACA